AGUCGCCCGGAGAUUGAUUUUAACAGUGAUGACGUCGAUAUUAAACCAAGAUGCGUUAGUUAAAAAGGAGUCGCUCGAGCACUACGCGCGCGCGUCUUUGGGACGCAUACUUGCCUGCUCAUUGUCUACUAGGAAGUCAACAGAAUGGUGCCGCAGACUAGAGACUACUCAUGAGACUGAACAUAUUUGAGGUCUUUUCAUUGACUUUAAAGAGGGACGGAAUUCCGGUGGGCGACUUGUACAUGCAGCGCGAGGCUCGUUUGUGGAUGUGCCAAGACACGCGGUCUUUAAUGUAUAGUCUUGAAUGAAUGUCUCAAUAAAAUUAACUUCAAUGCAAACGCAUUGAAAAAGGAUUUGUUUGAGUUUUCGUCGCAAGUUCUUCUGGCUGGUGCACCGGAGCAGGCUUUUAAAUGCGGAUGCGUUUGCGUAAAGAGACUGAAAUAUUUGGGGACUGUAAGCGAGUAAGAGACUAUGCAACGGUUUAUAGUCGAUGUUUUUUCCCCAUUGACGGCGUGUAGAAACUCUCUUGUAUUGAACUUUAAUCUUACUGAAUAGAAACCUGCCGAUCGAGCAGAGAGAAGCUGUUCCGCAUGGAAAGUGUAUCUCCCGAACAGACUGUACUUCCUCAGAAUAAAGGAUUGUUUAUUCGGUCCGUUUCAACAAUGCUGCGUUGAAUCGGAAUGGAUGUGCUGUUUUAAACACGUCAGUCAGAUCUUGAAAGAUGCAGUACCUCCGUGUGGCGUGGGCGCUCGCGGGAGCAGCGAUGGGCUUUUUUCUACUGUUCUUGAUCCAAGCACAUUUUUUCGGAGAAGGUCAGUUGGUGGCAGGUACAUGUGAAAUCGUGACCCUGGACAGGGACAGCAGUCAGCCAAGGAGGACCAUUGCCCGACAGACAGCCAGGUGUGCCUGCAGGAAGGGCCAGAUUGCCGGCACUACCAGAGCCAGUCCAGCAUGUGUUGAUGUGCAUAUUGUGAGGAACAGACAGUGGUGUGAGAUGAUGCCAUGUUUGGAUGAUGAAGGCUGUGGCCUGCUGAUAAACAGAACAGGCUGGACAUGUGCACAGCCGGGAGGCCGAGUAAAAACCACCACAGUAUCCUGACGCCAGUGGGAGGCAAUUUUCCCAAGAGAGGUGCAACAUUUGGGAGCACCUCUUCAUUCUUCAAAGCAACAGCUGGGCAGGGGAGUGGAGCAUACAUCAUAGUUGUGUUAGCCCAUCUGUCAGUCUCUCCAUUAGUCCGUCAGUCUCAUAUGUAAAGGGGUGAGGACCUCUCGCUAUGGAGCUUAUACAUUGGCCAUGAGGAAUGGAUCAAACAUGGCUGAUAUUUUGUUUGCCAAUGCCAAAACUGGAAAAUGAUCAGUAAGAUGAUGGACACUGACAGACACAAAAUAGUUUGUGAAUCGAACCUGCUUUGGCCUAAAUCAAUGUGUGGGGAUCUAUCAAAAUUUUACAGACCAAAGAAAUAUGGAAAAACUAUUUCUGUGGAAGGAUUUCAGUACAAAUCAUCUACUUCUGCUUUGAAAAAAUCAAGUAAAAAUGCACACAUACCUGAGCUUUGUAAGGACUUUUUGCAGUUGAGCAUACUUAAAUGAACAACUAAAGUCUGUUGACUUUUCUUCAUUUGUAGAUCUGCUGCCAUUGUUGUGAAAGGAACUGAAAUCAGCUAGGAUUUGGAAACGUGGUUUAGCAUGGCAGGUGAUCUAACAAACAGAACAUUAUAGACCUGACCCGAAGAGACUAUAGCAGAGACUGGAAUACACUUCUGCUUUGGAAGAGACCGUCCUAUGUAUUUUCAGAGUCAUAAAGUUAUAUAUAUUUAACAGUUUUAUAUGAUGUAUCUUUGUAGUGAACAUUAUUUAACACUGACAAUGUGAUCCUAUUCAUAAA